UUACGUUAUGGAUGGAAACUGAAGUUAAUUCUAAAAGAAUUUCAUCGAGUCUUACUAUUGGAACCUCUCGUGUCGUAUUGAUCUCUGUAGAUGCCUCCGGAGAGAUUGGAAUCGUCUGUCAGAAAAGUUGUUUCAAUUAUACACCUUCGCUGCCAGGUUAUGAAAUUAAUAGCCAUCGAUUUGUGAAAUUAGCAAUUUUAAGGACACAAUUGUCGUGAAAAUAUUUAGUAGGUUUGAUGAUCUAUUAACGUAUUCAUUCUCGAGUCGGAGUUGCAGAUACAAUAUCAUAUUUAUUUUAAGGAUUUAAGAAAGAGAGACAAACAAAUCUGAACGAUGGCAGAGAUGGAAGAGGAAUCAGGUCAACGCAUUGUUGUCAUGGCUGUUGACAAUAGUGAGAAUUCUAUGUGGGCUUUUACCUGGUAUGUCCAGAACUUCCACCAAGCCGGAAACAAAGUUCUUUUUCUGCACAGCCCUGAAAGUUACAUUAACGCAACUACCAUGAGUCCCGGAAGAGUUCUAGAAUGUCAAAGAGAGGCUGAUGCAAAAACUUCUGAGUUAAAGGCCAAAUUUAUAUCCAAAGCCAAUGCAGAUAAUGUUGAAGCUGAAUUUGUUGUAGAAUCGGCAGAAAAACCCGGUCAUGCCAUUUGCGAGUUUGCCCAGAAGCAUGACGCAACAUUUAUUGUUACUGGAACUCGUGGAAUGGGUAAACUCCGAAGAACACUACUCGGAAGUGUUAGUGACUUUGUUGUUCAUCAUUCCCAUGUACCUGUUUUAGUAUGUCGUCAUACCAAAGAUAAGUAAAUAGCGGGAAACAUACUUACUCGUCACUAUGGUUACCGGGAACAGAUGGACUUCAACAUGCACUAUUUAUAGAUGGCAUAGCGGAUACCAUUUGGACUGUUUAACAUUAUGUUGACAAACAAAUUGUACCAAUGCUUUAGUAUUUGGUUAAUUUUAUGCUUUUGAAAAUAUACUUUAAACAAAGUUUAUAUCUAAGGAAUUUGUUAGUCAAGGUAUUAAUAUAGCAACUGUGUAACCAAUGUAAGCCUAUUAAACGUAUAAAACAGGGUAUAUAAUAAUAAAAUAUCUAUAUCAAAUA